UUUCCAGUUUGUCCAGAUAAGUUGCCUGGUCUACAACCCUGGACUCCUGGACACAAUGAAGCCCACAGAGUCACCAUCGGUUACGGCCGCAAAGUCGUCCUCACCGCAUCCGCGACCGUCCAUUCCAUCGAGAUCCUCAACGGAGGGAAGCUUGUGAUCGCUGAUUCCAGUCGACCCAUUUUUCUGCGGGCUAAGCACAUCCUCAUCGGGAACAAGGGUGAACUUCACAUUGGCAGUCCAGAAUGUCCUUACAAAGGCAACCUCACCAUCUCUCUCUUUGGCAGGUCUGACGACAGCGAGGUCGAACACAGUUAUUUUGGCCGCAAGUACAUUGGCGUAGGAACUGGAGGAACCUUGGAGAUCCACGGUGAAAAGAAGCUGUCAUGGACUUUCCUGAACAAAACCCUCCAUCCUGGGCAGGGUAAUGAGAACAGUUACCGUUUCGAAAGGAGCUGGGGCAACAGAGGCAUCAUCAUUCACGUCAUCAACCCCAAGACCGGAGAUGUGAUGCACACUGAUAGGUCAUUGGGACACCAUCUCCCCUCAACAUUUUUUGCUCUUAAACUGGAGGAUCUGGCUAAAAAGGCUCUCACUAAGCUGGGUAGCCAACACUUCCAUCGACUCGGAUUCCGGCAUCCGUGGAGUUUUAUUACAAUCAAAGGGGACGCGUCCUCAGCGGUCGAGGAUCAUGCCGUCUAUCAGGGAACCAAGGCUUCGUCUGAGGCCAGGAGCUCUCGGGUGUUUCACUCAGGUUACGGAGAGCAUUUCACCAUCACCACCAUCAGUCAGUGGGUUCAAGAGGCUGAAUGGACUGAGUGGUUUGACUGCGAUGACGAGAGGGGGUCAGGUGACUGGGAGAAACUGACCGACCUCCACAAAGCUUUUCCAGAGCGUUCGUGCAGUAACCCUCUUGAUAUUGAGGCUGAAACUCUUGACGGCAUCCCUGCCAACAUGACAGGAGAAGUCUUCUCCAAGUUUGACAGAAAGUAUGGCUUUGUGUGCCUCAACAAAGAGCAGGUGGAUGGGAUUUGCCACAACUACCGUGUGCGUUUCCUGUGCGGCAAGCUCGUGCGUCCACAGGCCUCCAUCUCCAUAGACACUUUGUCUAACUGCAGUAUUCUGGAGCUCGCAGAUGAACCACAGGGUUGGACAUUCGGCGACAGGAUCGUGGUGGCCAGCACAGACUACUCAAUGCACCAGGCUGAAGAGUUCAGCGUCUUGCCUUGUCCUUCCUGCACGAGGAACCAGAUCAAGGUGGAAGUCCUGCUGCAGAAAGUGUGGUGUCCAGAAACUCUGAGAACUUCAUAUAUUAUGUGCCUGACUCGCAACAUUUUGAUCCGAGGCGAGAUGGAGCCGACCUGUUACGGCAACGAUGCCUGCAAGUUCUUCUCCUUCGACACGUUUGGUGGACAUCUUAAGGUGGAGCGAGGUUUCCGCACGGUGCAUAUGGAAGGGGUAGAGUUAAAGCACAUGGGGCAGCAGUCUAUGGGUCACUACCCCAUCCACUUCCAUAUGAACGGGGACGUGGAUGAGAAGGGAGGCUACAACCCACCAACUUACGUGAAAGACCUGUCCAUUCAUCACACCUUCUCCCGAUGCGUCACCAUCCACGGCACCAACGGGCUGCUGGUGAAGGAUGUUGUCGGCUAUGACACUUUAGGACAUUGUUUCUUCACUGAGGAUGGACCGGAGGAGAGGAACACGUUCGACCAUUGUCUGGGUCUGCUGGUGAAGGCGAGCACACUUCUGCCCUCCGACAGAGACAGCAAGAUGUGUCGUGACAUAACCAACGGAGCUUAUCCUGGAUACGUGGCCAAACCGCGCCAGGACUGCAGCGCCACCUCCACCUUCUGGAUGGCUAACCCCAAUAACAAUCUCAUCAACUGUGCCGCGGCCGGAUCCGAGGAAACAGGAUUCUGGUUCAUUUUCCACCACGUCCCCACCGGUCCAUCAGAGGGCAUGUAUUCCCCCGGCAAGUCCGAACAUACACCCAUGGGGCUGUUCAUUAAUAACAGAGCUCAUUCCAAUUACAGGGCGGGGAUGAUCCUCGAUCAUGGAGUAAAGACGACUGAGGCUAAUGCGAAGGACAAGAGACCCUACCUCUCCCUCAUAGGAGCGAGGUACGGCCCACACCAGGACUCAGACCCCUUCAAACCAAGAGUUCCUGCUCUAGUCCACCAUUUUGUGGCCUACAAGAACCAGGACCAUGGUGCAUGGCUAAGAGGAGGAGACGUUUGGCUGGACGAUUGCCAGUUCGCUGAUAAUGGAAUCGGCCUGACUCUCGCCAGUGGAGGAACCUUCCCGGAUGAUGAUGGCUCCCGUCAGGAGGUGAAGAACUCUCUGUUCGUGGGAGAGAGCGGGAACAGAGGGAUGCCCGACUUGAAUGAUCAAUCCUGGGGUCCGGGCGGCCCCGAUCAUCUCGGCAGGUCUCUGCCCAGAGGAGUGGACUUCCCCAUUCGUGGAAUGCAAAUCUACGACGGACCAAUCAACAUCCAGAACUGCACUUUCCGCAAAUUCAUCGCUCUCGACGGGCGACACACCAGCGCUUUUGGCUUCCGCCUGAACAACUCGUGGCAGAGCUGCCCGAACAACAACGUCACCGACAUCACCUUCGAUGACGUGCCGAUUACUUCACGCGUGUUCUUUGGUGAACCGGGCCCCUGGUUCAGCAAGAUGGAGAUGGAUGGUGACAAGACAACCAUUUUCCACGACAUCGACGGCUCGGUGAGCGAAUACCCGGGUGCUUUCCUGGUCAAAGAGGACAACUGGCUCCUGAGACACCCUGAUUGCAUUGACAUCCCCGACUGGAGAGCUGCCAUCUGCAGCGGGCACUACGCCCAGAUUUACAUCCAGACCCGAAACCCAGCCAACCUUAACAUGAAGAUGGUGAAGGAUGAGUAUCCAGACAAGCCGCUGGAGCUGGUUGGUGCUCUGGGAAAGAGGAACCACUACCAGCAAUUCCAGCCUGUGGUCAUGCUGAGUAAAGGAUACACCAUGCACUGGGACCAAGCAGCUCCUGCCGAGGUCACAAUCUGGCUCAUCAACUUCAACAGGCUGCUCUUCCUUAAAAUCAAAGCGCACAAUGAGAAGGAAGACUUUGCGUUCUGCUCGGUGAAGGGCUGUGAAAGAGUGAAGAUUAAAGCGCUGAUUCCCCCCGGCAGCGGCCCCAGUGACUGCAUGGCUGAAGCCUACCCCAGACACACCGAGAUGCCCGUCGUCGAUGUGCCUAUGCCCAAAAAACUGCCUCGCUCCAAACUGCCUCAGACACCGGAGCACUUCCUUGAAGUCAAACUAGAGUCCUAUAACACACGCUUUUUCCACAUCAAAGAGGACUUCGCCUAUACUGAGGUGAAUGGCAAGAAGAUCUACCAAUCAGAGGACGGCAUUCAUUUGACUGUGAUCGAAGGCCACAGCGGUAAAAUCCUGGAGUCUAAAGGCUUCAGGAACUCAAUCCUGAUGGGAAUUCCAGCUCAGCUAGAGAACUACAUCACAAACCUCAAAGACCAGUCGGUGGUUUUGGUCACGUCUAAAGGGAAACUGGUCACCAGAGGGCCAUGGACCAAAAUUCUCGAAACCCUCGGAGCAGAUCAGACGGUGAAGUUGAAAGAUAAACUUGCCUUUGUGGGUUUCAAAGGCUCCUUCCGGCCAACCUGGGUGAAGAUGAGUGUUGAUGAAGAGCGGGCCAAACUCCACCAAGUGCUGCCCAUCCCUGUGGUUAAGAUGAUGAAGCUAUGAAGACGAGCGACACACACCGCAGGACUUCUCAGACUCGCAGAAGCAGCACUGCCGGACGAGCCCAGCUACAGGACUACUGAACCUAAAGCACCAAUCACAGCCCAGCAUGUGUUUAUGUUACCUAGCAACCCCUCCCAGCGGAUUCCGUUGUAUGUGACAACGUAGACAUUGUGAUUUUUGGAUUGUGUCGUCAGUUGAUUAUACUUGAGUUUCGACGGGAGAUAAACAAGAAAAACAAAAACUAAAAAUGAACGCAACAUUCCUUGUUUUUGUCCCUCUCGGUGAUGUUUGCCUUCGUUACAACAUGUUUUUUCUAAAUAUGUAGAAAAAGAGGUUUCAGAUUGUAAAUGUCGUGAGGUUUCCUCAUUUUAAUUGUCACGCACAAGAGUUGGUUUUGUUAGUGUUGAACGAGAGAACCAGCAAAAAACAAACAAAAAAAAAACAAUCCGGCCUUAAAGGAACAGGUCACCCAAAAAUGAAAAUGUCACUCAUUUAUGCAUCACGUUGUUUGAUGCAACAACAAACAAGAAUCUUUGAAACAUUUCCAAGCAUACCUUCCAAAAGCAUUAUAAAUGUAGUCCAUGCAUCCAUAUUUCACAUCUUCUGAUGUAAUCCAAUAUUUUUAAGUGAGAAACUGCAUGUGUAGUACAUGAACAUUUCAAAAUAACUUUAAACAAAGUUUUAAUGCAAGCAACAACUACACCAUAUAGGUUUGAGACAAAAUGAGAGUGAAAAAAUAUGGACACAAUUCUUCUCAAUUUUUCGGUGAACCGUUCCUUUAAAUCGAAUAAUCAAGAAUGGAUUUGAAUCUGAGCAUUAGUAAAUGUCAGUCUAUCAAAAAAUGAUCAAAUCUGUGAUGAAUUGGCUUUUCUUCCAUUUGGCAAGAAGUACAACAUUGUCCCUUUGCCGAAAUAGCUGGUCUUUUUUCGGAGAUUGUAAUUUGUUAGUGUUUUUAUAUGUUUUGUGUGUUUCUAAAAAAAAAUCCUGAUUGAUAACAGAGAUAUAUUUUAUACUUAUUUAUUGUACAGGCACUAUUACACAAAACCAGAAGGGACAUCUUUUAAGGGACUUUUAAGUUGUAAUGUAAUUCUGUCCUAUCUGUAAAAAAAACUUUUAAGUACAAUUUUCACUUUAGUGUAUAAUUCAAAUAUACAUGACAUUAACUUUUAAGUUGUAUAUGGAAGUGAUGUAAAUGUGA